AUGAAAUAUAAUUCACACCAAAAUGAUAAUGUAUACAAUGAUAUAAUAAAAUUAAAAUAUAAUAAAAACUAUUCUAAUUAUAUCCACCAAAAUGUUCAGUCUAAUAAAUUUUUCAUAAGUAGACUGAAAAAUACUAUGACCUUAAAUGGUCAUACAUCAUUUGUUAAUAGACUCAAAUGGAAUGAUGAUAAUCAUUUAUUGGCCUCAUGUGGAAGUGAUAGAAAAGUUUUAAUAUGGAAUAUAAAUUCAUAUAACUAUAAACCUAAGCCAAAAUGUAUAGUGAACACUAAUCAUGUAAGUAGCAUUUUUGGAGUCUCAUUUAUUGAUAAUGAUUUUGUUAUAACAGGUGCUAUGGAUAAACAAGUUCAUGUUUAUAAUAUUCACGAUGAUUCAUAUAAGGUCAUUCAUAAUUGUCAUUUAAAAACGGUAAGACAUAUUGCUACAAUUCCAAAGGAAAAUAAAAAUAUAUUUUGGUCUAGUUCAGACGAUGGUACUGUAAGACAAUAUGACACAAGAGAGAAGCAUAUAUGUGUAUCUCCAAAUUGCCGAAAUGUUAUAAUAAAUUUGAAUAGAAUUGGAGACCAAUAUUAUACCCAAAGAAAUCCUGAAGAAAGGUUAUACCAUAGAAUGAAAUUUCAAAGUCAUUACACGAAAAAUACAUAUGAACUCAUAAGAGCGAUGAAUGAACAAAAGUUUUGUAAUGUGAAUGUUCCCAUACAAGCUAGAUGUAUAGCUGUAAAUCCAAUUUUUAACAACUACAUUGGAGUAUGCUCUAACGAUAUGCUAUCGAGAGUUUAUGACAGACGAAUGUUAGGGAAGUUCUCAUUAAACGAAAAAAUGACUUUAAGGAGUUGUAUUCCUUCAGAUACAUAUUAUCCAAAACAUCUAUGGAAUUAUAUUGAUGAAGAAAGCGAUUUUAGGAUAAAUUAUCAUCUUUUUUAUAGUACAGAUUUAUGUUGGUCUAAUAAUGGUAAAUAUUUAGGUGUGACAUAUAAUACAGAACAUGUAUAUUUAUAUGAUUUUUUAAAUAAAGAAGAAGAAAGAAGUUUAAAUUAUAACAUUAUAGAUAAUGAUACUAAAUUCGACUAUAACAAAAGUUUUGAUAUAUUAUUUCCACCAUAUGAUAAUAAGGAUGUAUAUAUGUAUUGGAAUAAUAAAAAAAAUGAUAGAAAUAGGAUGAAAGAGUAUUUUGAUUAUAAUAAUAAUAUGUCAUUAAUACAAGAUAUUGAAAAAUCAGCUAUAUUAGCUUAUGAUAAUAAAGAAUAUUAUAAAGCAGAAUAUUUAUAUAACAAUUGUUUAAAUUUGUCAAGAAAUAAAAAUAUUAGAAAAAUUUUAUAUUGUAAUUUAGCUAUGGUUUUAAUACAAAGAAAAGCAAGAAAUGAUGGUUAUUUAGCUGAACAGUAUGCAUUAGAAGCUUUAAAAUUAGAUCCAAAUUAUUACAAAGCUGUAUAUAGAAGAAUUCAAGCAAAUAUUAUUAAUAAUAGAUUAAUAAAUGCUUACAGAAUUACAUUAUCAGCUUGUUCACAUUUUAAAGGUGUUGUCGAAUUUAUUUACUUAAGAAAAAAAAUAAGAAGAACAUUGUAUCAUAUUUAUAAGGAUAAAAUAUAUUCCUAUUGGAGAAAUCAAAAUAAUGACACUGAAGAUUCUAAGCAACCAUAUUAUUAUUCUACGAUAAAAAAACAAACUAGUAAAGUUCAACAAAAAGACGAAAAAGAAAGAAUCCAAGAUAAUUGUUCUGAAUUCUUAGAUAUAAGUGACAAUACUGCUUAUAGUUAUGAUAGUAUACGUACUGAUGAUAGUGAUUUUACGGAUGACCCUUAUGGAAGCGAUUACCUAUAUUGUUCAGAUAAAACUAGAAAGAUGAGUACUUUAGGAGAAAAGGAAAUAAAACAAAGAGAGAAAAAUUUGAACAUGGAAAGUAAAAAUGUGGAGAGUGUAUAUAUAGACAGCGUAAAUGUGGAGAGUGUAUAUAUAGACAGCGUAAAUGUGGAGAGUGUAAAUAUGGAUAGCCUAAAUGUGGAGAAUGCAAAUAUGGAUAGCAUAAAUGUGGAGAGUGUAUAUAUAGACAGCGUAAAUGUGGAUCGUGUAAAUCUAAUAAAUGAUAAAAGAAAAUAUAGUAAUCCCCAAAAUAGUGACCAUGUAAAUAUUGAGAAUGAUAGAAGUGAAACCACAUUUAAAGAAAUAAAAGAAGAUAAUGAUUUAGGAAAAAAAAAAGAAGAGACCAAUAAGUAUAAUGAAAACUAUAAGAUCAAUAAAAAGAAUAUAGAAAAAAAUGACACUUGUAAUAAUAAUAAUGAUAAUAAUAAUGAUAAUAAUUAUGAUAAUGUACUGAUGAUAAGUAAAAUGAAAAAAAUAAAAGAUAAGAAAAAAAAAGAAAGGGAAUUAAAAAAAGCAUUAUCUUUAAAAAGAAGAAAAAAAUAUACAAAUAUAAUUGAUAUUAUUGCUUCAGAAGAAUUAUAUAGUCUUCCAAAUUCUUAUCCUUUUUUCUUAAUAUAUUAUGUAAGUUUCUGUUAUAGAAAUUCUAUAAACGCAUGGAAUGGAUGGCCAUCUUUUAAUGAUUUAUAUAAAACCUAUAAUAUAUGCGAGAAAAUAUUGAAAGAAAAAAAAAGAAAAGAUAAGAAAGGAAAAAAUAACAAAAGUAUUAAAAGAAUUAAUUGUAACUAUGAAUAUAUUUUAAAACACAAAGAAGCCCAAAAUAUAUCUUAUUUUAAUAAAAAAGAUAAAAAGAACAUAUUAAAAAAUAAUUACUCAAACAAGUUUAUUAAGAAUAAUAUGUUAAAGGAUAGUUCCAAAAGAAAAAAAAUUCAUAAAUCAUCUCAAUCGGAUAUAUAUGAAGAAGAUAAAACAAUUAAAAAAAAUAAAAAAAAAUUUCAUUUGAACAAUAGUGAUGAUCAUAAUAUAGAACAUAUUUAUGGACAUAUAGAUGAAACAGAUAUUCUGGAUAACACUAAUAUAUAUGAUGAUGAUAAUAAUAAUAAUACGAAUGAUAUAACAAAAUAUAAUAAAAAGGGAAAAAACAAAAUAUCACACACACAAAAAAAAAAAAAUACUAAUACAAACACACACAUACAAUUUAACGAGAACAAAGAAAAGGAAAUAAAGACAUCAAAUAAUAUAUUGAAAGUUAAUGAAAGAAAUAAAGAUAUAUAUGAAGAUGUAAAAAGCGAUGAACCAAAGGGAAGAUAUGCAUGGCUAGAAGAAAAAUGUUUUACAGGGAAAAAAAAAAGAAAAUAUGGGAAGAAACAAAACACAACGAAUAUAAAAAGAAAUGCAUAUUUAAAAAAAAGAAGAAAGAGAAAAAAUUUAACAGAUGAUGAUAAUUAUAAUGAUGAUAAUUAUAAUGAUGAUAAUUAUAAUGAUGGUGACAAAGAUAAUGAUGGUGACAAAGAUAAUAAUAAUGAUAAUAAUAAUAAUAAUAAUCAAAAUAAUUAUUAUCUUCAUUAUGGUUUUAUAUCUGAUUUAUACAAUAGAACUCAUUCUCAUGACAAUGAUAAAGAAAGGAACAGAAAAGAAAAUUUAAAAAAGGAAAUUAAUUAUAUUUUAGAAGAAUUAACUAAAAAAAAUUCUCCCAAAAACUUAGUCAGAAUAAAUAUAUACCACGAAGCUUAUCACACUGUAACAAUGAAUCAAGUUUACGGAUACAAUGAAAGUUCUUUUGACAUGAACGAUGUAUCUUUGAAUGUUUCUGUAAACAACGAGAGGAAUAGUGUAAUUAAUGAGGAAACAUAUGAGAAUAAUGGAAAUUAUGAAUAUGCGGAUACAAGUAUAUAUAACGAAAGCAAUGUAUAUAUUAUGAAUAGUUGGGAUAAUAUGAAUUAUUCAGAAAAUUUUGUCAGUACAAAUAUUUCAGAUAAUACCUUGAGUAUAGGCCAUUAUAGCAAUACGGAUGUUACUAACAUUACAGAUAAUGUUAACAGUAAUAAUGAUGAUACUAAUGAUAAUAAUAAUGAUGAUACUAAUGAUAAUAAUAAUGAUGAUAAUAAUGAUGAUAAUAAUGAUGAUACUAAUGAUAAUAAUAAUGAUAAUAAUAAUGAUAAUAAUAAUGAUAAUAAUAAUGAUAAUAAUAAUGAUAAUAAUAAUGAUAAUAAUAAUGAUAAUAAUAAUGAUAAUAAUAAUGAUAAUAAUAAUGAUAAUAAUAAUGAUAAUAAUAAUUAUCAAAAUAAUUAUCAAAAUAAUGAUAAUAACCAAAAUGUGGAGGAAAAUAAAAUAAUUGGAAAAGUGGAAUCUGUGUCUCAGGAAUUAUAUAACAAUUAUAAAAUCGAUGAUAUUCAAUUUGGUAAUUACAUAGAUACAUUAUUAGUAGACAAUAAUUAUAAAAUUAAUAAUAAUAUGUUAGCUUCCUGUUAUGGAACUUCUAUUAGAAGUAACAAUACAUCUAAUUUAGGAAUAAAUAUGAAUCAAAAUACACCAUAUGAUGAUAGUUCUAUUAUAGUGGAUAGUCCAAUCACUAAAAAUUAUUAUCUAUACAUUAAUAAUUUUUAUGAUUUUGUUUAUAAUUAUAAUAAUAAUAAUAUCAUUAGAAAGAAUAUUAACCAUUCCAAUAAUAAUAAUAAUAAUAAUAUGUACAGAUUACAAAUGAACACAACAACUUACCACAAUUCAUCAAGCUACUAUAGUGAUAUAUCUGAUUGGAAUAAUAAUCAGAUACCUAAAAAUAAACUACACAAAAAGGGGUAUAAAUAUUAUUCUAAUGACUGCAAGGUAUGCAGUAAAAAAUAUAAUAAAGUGAAAGAACAAAAAGAAAAUAAAAGAAAAAAAAAAAAAGUAAAAAAAGAAGAAGAAAGAAAAUUUAGUGAUAAUGAAAAAAAAAAUUUUAGUGAUGAAGAAAAACAAUGGAAUGAUGUAAAAAAAAAAAUGUCUUCGUAUUAUAAAAAUGAAAAUGAUAUGAGAUAUUAUGAAAAGUAUAGGACGGGAAAAAAAAAGAAACAACAAAAUAAAGACUGUUUUUAUAAAAAGGAUAAAACUAAUAGUGAUGGUGAUAAUAGUAGUAAUGAUAAAAUAGGGGAUGAUGUAAAUCAUAAUAUUAUGGGAUUCUUUGAAAAAUCCUCUGGUAGGAAUGAAGACAUUUUAAAUAUAAAGAAGAAGAAGAAGAAGGAAAAAAAAAAAAAGGAUUCAAAUAAAAAAUCAGAUACUCUAGAAUAUUCUAAAAUGAAUAUAGAAAAUUAUAAUUUAAAAAGAAAUAUAAAGAAGAAAGAAGAAGAAAGUCAUGAUAUGUCAGGUAUAUAUAAAAGAUAUUUUGACAAAUCUACUAAUAAUAUUUCUCAACAUAAAGAAUAUAUAAUACAUGAUUCAGAUAAUCUAGUAUAUAAAAUCAAUGUAGAAGAUAUAGAUAAAAAUAAUAUGAAUAAAAUAAUAGCUUCUAAUGAAAAAUAUUUAUUAAAUAAUGGAGAAAUUGCAAAUUUUAAAUUUGACCCUUAUUCAAAUAUUAUGGAGACUGAUGAAUCAAAUAGUAGUAACUUAUCUAACGUAAGCUAUAAAUCGAGUUCAUCUUAUGAACACCAGUUUUAUGAUAGUUUUUAUAAUAAUAUUCAAUACGAGGACAGAAAAAAACACUCAAACAUUUAUGUAUUUAAAGAAAGAAAAAAAAUAAAAAAUUAUGUAGAAAAAAUUCAAGAUCCUUUAUGGGUUCCCAAAGGAACGUGCAAGAGGUUUUUGGGACAUUCCAAUACUGCAUGGGAAAUGAAGGAAUUAGCAUUUUGGAAUGAUGACGUUAUAUUGGCUGCUUCUGAUAAUGGCGAGGUUUAUUUUUGGAGUAUAAAAGAUGGAAAAUUAUUAAAUGUUAUAAGGAGUCAAGCGCGUCACGUAAAUUGUGUUCAAGUACAUCCACAAGGAACAUGUUUAGCCACAAGUGGUCUUGAAAAUUAUAUAAAAAUAUGGAAACCCCAUGACACUGUUGAAUUUGUUUUUGACAAAAGUGUUGAACAAAGGUUGUCUGAAAACCAAAAACAUAUAGAAUCGUCAUACAUGGGUUAUUAUAAUUUUAUUAAUUUUUCACCCGUUCUUCAAAAAGCAAACGACUAUAUGAAUUAUUUUGACAGCAUUUCUGACAACUCUGUUCAAUAA